AUGUCUGCGGACAAGAUCACCCGUAUUGCCAUCGUCGAUGCCAACCGUUGCAAGCCGAAGCGAUGCGCGCAAGAGUGCAAGAAGUCGUGUCCUGUUGUAAAAAUGGGCAAGCUCUGUAUAGAGGUCAAGCCCACAGACAAGAUCGCUUUCAUCUCUGAGUUUCUUUGCAUAGGUUGUGGUAUUUGUGUGAAGAAAUGCCCGUUUGAGGCUAUUGCAAUUAUCAACCUCCCGACCAACCUCAACACCGAGGUAACACACCGCUACACCGCAAACGCCUUCAAGCUCCACCGUCUCCCCACACCACGACCAGGUCAAGUGCUCGGUCUCGUCGGCACGAACGGUAUCGGCAAGAGCACGGCGCUCAAGGUCCUUGCGGGGAAGCUGAAGCCCAACCUCGGCCGUUACGACGACCCACCGGACUGGCAGGAGAUCCUCAAGUACUUCCGCGGCUCGGAGCUGCAGAACUACUUCACGAAGGUCCUCGAGGAUAACCUCAAGGCUCUCAUUAAACCUCAAUACGUCGACCACAUCCCCCGCGCGAUCAAGGGCAAAUUGACCGUGUCCCAGAUGCUCGACUCGAAGGUCGAGCGGGAUAACAAGCAGAAGAUGUGUGAUGACUUGGAGCUGAAUGAGGUACUGGAGCGAGAGGUGUCGCAGCUAUCCGGUGGAGAGCUGCAGCGCUUCGCCAUCGCGAUGACCUGCAUCCAGCAAGCAGAUGUAUAUAUGUUCGACGAACCCUCUAGUUACUUGGAUAUCAGGCAACGAUUGAGGGCAGCCGAAGUUAUUCGCGAGCUGCUCACACCAGAUAAUUAUGUCGUAGCAGUCGAGCACGAUUUGUCCGUGCUCGAUUACCUUUCCGAUUUCAUUUGCUGUCUAUACGGGAAGCCUUCGAUGUACGGUGUCGUAACGAUGCCUUACUCAGUGCGUGAAGGAAUCAACAUCUUCCUGGACGGUUUCAUCCCCACAGAGAACUUGCGAUUCCGUGAGGACUCGCUCUCCUUCAAAAUGGUCGAGACGGCGGAGGAGCUCGUCGUCGACAAGACGCGACAGUACUCGUACCCGACGAUGACGAAGACGCUCGGAGGCUUCAAGCUGACCGUGGAGGGCGGGAGCUUCACGGACUCGGAGAUCAUCGUCAUGCUCGGCGAGAACGGUACAGGCAAGACGACGUUCGUGCGGCUACUCGCAGGCGACAUGCCCGACGAGGAGACAGACAAGCAAACGCUGUCGGUAUCCCUCAAGCCGCAGACGAUAUCGCCCACGUUCCCCGGCACCGUGCGCAUACUCCUCCUCAAGCGGAUCAAGGCGGCGUUCAUGCAUCCGCAGUUCAACACGGAUGUCAUCAAGCCGAUGAAUUUGGAACCUAUAUUGGACCAAGAAGUGAAAACGCUCUCUGGCGGUGAGCUGCAGCGCGUAGCAAUCGUGUUGGCGCUCGGCAAGCCCAACGUAUCAGUGUACCUGAUCGACGAACCCAGCUCUUUCCUCGACUCCGAGCAACGUAUCAUUGCGAGCAAGGUCAUCAAGCGAUUCAUCCUCCACGCCAAGAAGACCGCCUUCAUCAUUGAGCACGACUUCAUCAUGGCCACCUACCUCGCCGACCGAGUCAUCGUCUUCCAGGGAAAGCCUGCCGUAGCAGCCACCGCUACACCUCCGCAGUCGCUACUGACCGGUAUGAACAAGUUCCUCGCGUCCCUCGAGAUCACCUUCAGGCGCGACCCGACGAACUUCCGGCCACGCGUUAACAAGAUGAACAGUGUCAAGGAUCGAGAGCAGAAGGCGUCGGGGAACUACUUCUUCCUAGAAGAAUAA